AUGUCAGGCACAGGUACACCAAUUGAUCAACAAUCACAACCACUAUCAUAUUCACAAUCACAACUAAUUCCAAUCUUGGGUCAACAAAAUCAAGAGAUUCCUAUCAGCCCGAGUAAAUCACCUCCCGACCUCGAGGUAACAGAUGAUUGGCAUGCGUCUUCAUCACAGCCACAUGCUACACCUUUACAAAAAAGGAGACGAGUUACAAGAGCUUGUGAUGAAUAUUGUACAUAUGAUCAGCCUUCAAAUAGAAGAAGAAAUCCCGCGCCGCAAUAUGUCGAAUCUUUGGAAUUCCGUCUACAACGAGCAGAGAACAUCAUAAAAACCUACCUUCCGAACCUAAAGUUAAACGAUCCAAAUAUAGAUGCUGCAUUGCUACAGCAGCAACGACAAGAUGCGCCAGCACCACCUUCGACCACAAGCUCAAUGCCAAGGGAAACUCCACAACAACCACAAAUGUCGGAACAAGAUGCGCAGUUACGGUCGAUGAUAGAAUCUACAGGGCAACUUGAUCUUGAUGAUCGUGGACAUUGGGACUUUCAUGGGGGUUCGUCAGCAACGGUUUUCAUUAAGCGUCUGCGCGAACAAUUUGGCAGUCUACUCGGAUCCCCUAACGUACUUCCGAAACCACCGACUGCGCAGAUGCCCCCCACUUACGAUUCUCCAAAAUCGUCGACAGACUCUCCUUAUGACUUUGGUUUUCCCAAUACAGUGGACCUUCCUCCUCGAGAAGUAGCAAUGGCUUUGUGUGAAGAUGCGUUGCAUUGCGCUUGCUGUCUUUUACGUUUUGUUCAUGAGCCGAGUUUUUAUGAAAUGCUUAAUAGGAUAUACGAUCAAUCGCCUCAAAAUUUUGGUGAUGAGGAGCAUAAUUUCCUGCCGCUUUUGUACAUGGCUUUAGCCCUAGGUUGCAUGUUCUCCUCAGAUCCAUCCAGUCCCACGGACCCAGAUAAGAAGAAAUACAAAAGUAGUAUGGAUCAAGGAUUCAAAUUUUACAAAGCUGCUCGACAAAUGAUGGAUUUGACUGAUUCUCGCGAUAUGAUGUCUUUGCAGACAAUUAUAUUCAUGGUCCUAUUCCUCCAAGCAACAUCAAACUUGAGCAUAUGCUACUCUUACAUAGGCGUUGCCCUGAGAGCUGCGUUACGCAUGGGUUUACAUCGUAACCUCAGCGGCAAUUUCAAUCCUAUUGAGCGGGAGACUAGAAAGCGAGUGUUUUGGAUAGUACGGAAGCUUGAUACCUAUGUCUCCGCUAUUCUAGGAUUUCCUAUAAUGUUGAGUAGUGACGAUAUUGACCAGGAACUACCAAUUGAGGUAGAUGACGAGUAUAUAACCAAGGAGGCAAUACUUCCCAUGCCUCCUGGCACAAUGUCACUGUUUGCGGCUUCGAAUGCCCAUACUCGACUCAUGCUCAUCACAGCAAAGGUUGUCAAAUAUAUUUAUCCUAUCAAAGGCUUGGAGCAGUCCGUCUCAGGAAACAGCAAAACAUCCUACACUAUAAGUCACUCGAAAAUUCGAGAAAUCGAAAAAGACUUGGCAGAUUGGCUGGAUAGGUUACCAAUGGGACUACGCCCUGGGGGUGAAGGUCCACGUGAACUAAUACGUAUUCAACAACUUUUACGACUAGCCUACGCACAUGUUCAGAUGAUGCUAUAUCGACCCUUUCUUCAUUAUAUCUCUUCGAAUGAGAGUGCUGGGAAGACUGUUCAUGAACGAUCUUACGCAUGUGCAGCUGCUGGUAUCAGCGUAGCUCGUAAUAUCAUUCACAUUACGACAGGAAUGAAUAAGCAGGGUCUUUUGGCAGGAGCAUAUUGGUUUACCAUGUACACAACUUUCUUCUCCGUCAUAUCCCUCGUAUACUACGUCCUUGAGAAUCCCGACAAAAGUGGAGCCGCAGAGAUUUUGGCAGAUGCAAAUAGUGGAAAGGAUGCUCUGAUUGGCCUUGCUCAAAGAAGUCUGGCCGCUGAUAGAUGUUCUUCAACUCUCAAGCCACUUUUUGAACAAUUACCCGAGAAAUUGAAAAAUCGUCCCCUUUCGGCUCCAUUGAAGAAAAAGAGACCAGCGCCAGCAUCUGCACCUCCAAUGCAUCAAAGUAGUCCCGAACUCCCAAGGCCAAAUUCCAGUCACAUAUCCCCAAUACCUCGCGCCACGACAUUUCCCCAAGUUUCCACACCACUUCAAGCCAGUGGUCUUCCAAUGCAAAGCUUCAUCAACAAUCGCUUUCAAAUAAAUACAACAUCCAACCCAAAUCUUCAACAAAGUUUCCAAGAUCUCGUAUCACCUAGCGAUUUAUCCAAUGCCGGCACUCCCGAAAGCGUAGCUUCGACUACUCACAGCAUACCUCAAUAUGGCAUGCAAAAUCAAUUCAGUGCUAGUAAUAGUAUACCAUAUCUCACAGGAUUAAUGUUCCCAUCCACAGAUCCUUUCGCAUACCCAAAUCAGCCGAUGAUGGAACUUGAAGCACAAAAUUUGAAGCAGGAAAACGGUAUGGAGACGAAUCAACCGCAACCUAUGUAUAUGGGAGGAGGUGGAGCGGGAGCGAUAAAUGGAAUGUUUGAUGAUCUUGAGGGACAGCUUUUCGGACUAGUGCCGCCUUAUAUGAUACAGGGUCAACAUGGGUUUGAUAUGUCGGGGGCGGGACCAGGAGCUGGGAAUUUGGAUGGAAGUGGUGGUGGGGUUAGUAGUGGGAUGAUGCAAGGGACACAUGCGAGUGCGAGUGCGAGUGUGAGUGGAAUCGGAGGUACGGGGUUUGAUUCCCAGAGUUUGGGGUAUAAUACGGGUAUGAAUUUGGAUGGGAUUUUUGAUGAUGUUGGAGGUGUUCCACGUGGGAAAGGGGAUGAGUGGGGUGGAAUGGGAGGACAUGGUUUUAGGUGA